AUCAGAUACUAACAUAAGUUGACAAUAUCUGGGAGACGCACGCACGCACGCAAGCACGCACGCACGCACGCACGCACGCACGCACGCACGCACCGUCAAACACACACGCACGCACGCACGCACGCACACACACACACACACACACACACACACACACACACACACACACACACACACACAAUUCUGUUACCACCUACGGGAGAGCGGUGUGUCUUGACCCAAGCAGGGAUUGUACAAUCGGUUUUAUUUUAUACCUGUAAAUAAAUUGUCAAACAAUUACCGCUAUAAAAAGAAUACCUAUACUCCUAUUACAGGUAUUGUUUUCAUUUCGCUUUUGUUUUUACCGCUACAUAUAACUAUUUACAAUAUUAAUGAUUGAAAGGUAAGAGGUAUCCUUACAUGUACCCUACCUUGUUCUUACAGGGUCAACUAGGGUAUGACUCCUUACAGUUGCGAAGGUCGCUCUCCGUAGCCAAGUUUAUAUUAGCAAUCUUUAGAAAUAAAAUUGAUAGUAUAAAACUUGUCGAAGUCUAUGUGCACCUGUUUGUACCUAACCAGUACACCCGCGCGCGACGGCACCCGCUGCUCAACUCCCUGCUCGAGGCGCAGCUACAGUGCGAUUUGUUUGCGAGUGCGAUGGGGCGAGUGAUAAUGGAAUGCAAGAGGAUAUUAGAAAAAUAGAUGCCUGAGAGUACUAUACCAUUAUGAAUUUCUGUGUCUUAUUAGCUGCUCAUGUGUUAUUGCUUUAUAAUGUUAAUGCUUUAUGUUGUUAAUGGGUUCCAAUCUGUGCCGCUUUGGCAUUAGUUGUAAGGUGCAAUUUGUUAUUUGAAAUAAAUAAAUAAAUUAAAAAAAUGUCAAUCAUACACUGCAAUACACUGCUACUAAAUCACAACAAAUAGGUGUAAUAUUGUAACGUCACGCGAUAACAUUCUGCAUAGCUGGCUGAAGUGUCUACUAUUAUUAGGGCCUGGAUAAGAAACUUAAUUUGGGACGUAUGUCAUACAUAUGGCAAAGCACAACAUAUUCGAAGGGGUUGUCGUUGAGAUUCAAGAUGGCGAAGACGUCUCGAGAAUAUUUUUUUGUGUUUUUCUCAUUUAUGUUGUUCAAAGUGUAGUAUUGAUAGCUUAUUAUGCAGUGAACUAUCGUGGAAGUGUGCACUUAAUGAAAAAAUAAUCUUGAAACGCGUUUAACCAUGUUUUAAUCAACAUCCGGCAAUCCAUCGUGGCUUUUAGUAAAGUCCAGCUAUCUCUUUACUAAAAGCAACUACCGAACAACGUCAUGCUCUACGAGCACACUUAAAACUUACAACGAAACUUGACAUUGGCAAAAUCAUCAUAGAUUUGAUGGAAGCCAUAUUUUAAAAGAAGAAGAACAUAUUCGAAGAAACAAAUAAAGGAGUGUAUUGGCAUUGACAUGUAUUACCGAUAAUGGUUUCUAAGGGUAACAUGUCAAAUACAUGUAUUGUUGUCUAAUGGUAAAAUCGUUAAUAGACUUGAAUACCGUUAUUGAUUAUACCGGUAAUCAAAGCUUCAGUGAUACAACUAUAACCGGUUAUACCUAAUUUAAAACCAGUAGUCAGAAUACCGGUAACGAUCCCUGGACACAAGUGUCAUGUACGAUUAAAAAGAGGCACCUUUUUAAUCGUUAAAAGCUGCCCAGUUAAAAUCACAUUUGUUUGUGUUAACUCCAUAAACAUUUAUUAUUUAAAAAAAAAUACCCCAUAUACUCGUAGCAAAUUACGUCGAAAUCGUUAGACAAACAGGAAUUGCUCGUUUAAAGGUAUAAGAUAAAUGCUAUGGUACUGUAUACGUUUCUAUAAACUUUUUUUGAAAUAGAUUACUUUUAUUCAGUAACUAAGUAGUAUGGAAUAUAAUAAUUUGCAUUAGUGAUCACUAAAUGGCUAAAUGAAAAAUGAUUUUAUAGUAUCCAAGAAUUUAUGGUCUGUUAGCGACGCUCAUAUUUUGUUAUAUAUAUUUUGCAUUGCUAAAUGUUGUGUGAAUAAAUAAAUAGGUAGAUUAAGAAAUCUAAACUUAAGGGUAGUUUUAACGGUGGCCGCGAGCCGCUAAUCUUGUUUUUUUAUGUGCGCUGUAUGACAGUCAGUCGGUCCAUGCUAUCCGCGCGAGCGCCCGUACGCACAACUGUCAGUUUAAAGUUCUAUUUUUUUGUACGUAUUGUGUGUGUUUCGAAAUAUAAGCUGUUUAAAAGUUCUACUGUGUUCACCAUUUCGUCACGGCGAGCCCCUAUACCCAACAAGUGGUCUUCGAGCCGGAUCUUCGCAUGUAUCGCACGCCGCCGCGUACCGCUAUGGUGAAAACUCGUCGUACCGCACAAAAAAAACGCGAGCAGCUACAGAUGGAUGAUAGCGCAUCCAAGUUGGAACAACAACCAGGACCCAGCCAAUUUCAAACGCCUAAAAUGAGUAGCGCGAAAUCGGAAUCUAAGUUAUUUGCCGCGCCGGUAAACGGGCAGCCGCCAUUAUGCAGUGCGUCGAAACCGUUAUCCGCGCCGCCGCCAUUACCCGUUUCGUGCAAAUCUGCCUCAAAACGGUCAGUGUCGUCGUCUGUGCUAGCACAAAGGAAGAGGCUAGAAUUGGAGGCUGAAAGAAAAAAGGCUGAAAUUAGGAUGCAACUAAUAGAUAAAGAGCUAGAGGCCGACCUAGCCGAUUUAGAAGAUGGUAGUAUAUACAGUUCACAAGCUAGCGAGGAUGGUACACGUCCUAAUGUGGAACAGUGGAUGGAACACAGCGCAAAAGAGCUGGAAAAGUCGCAGACCGCCCCCUUAGAUGGUCCAGAUACGGGCGACCUGCACCAGUCGGCGGCACCCGUCGCCGGCUCCUCUGAUGGGACAAUCCAGCUAUUGGCCGCUGCCGUGAAGAACCUGACGGUUGCCUCCAUUCACAAUAAACCAAACGCCAACUUACUGAGUCGUAUUUGUACGCCACGGGAUUUACCUGAAUAUUCUGGAGAUCCACUCGAGUGGCUGCAUUUUAAGAAGGCGUACGAAGAGUCAACAGACGUGUGCAACUUUAGUCCAAAAGAAAACCUCUGGAGGCUGCGAAAGUGUCUGCGCGGAGCUGCCAAGGAAACCGCAUCAGCUCUGCUCAUGAGUGCUGCUUCACCUGAGCGCAUAAUGGCUACGCUAGAGCUACGUCACGGUGAUCCAGAAUGCAUAAUUAGCAGACUCGUGCAGGAUAUUAGAAAGCUGCCACCUAUGUCUUCAGAGUACCAAAAAGACAUUAUAAACUUCUCCGUCAAGGUACAAAACUUCGUCGAAGCCGUGAAAGUGGUGGGACGCGAAGAGUACGUCCAAGGACUUAGUAUUGUUCCACUACUUAUAUCUAAACUUCCCACAGUGCUCGUGUCUAAGUGGUCAGAUUAUAGUUACCCGUUAAUUAAAGCCGGAACUAUAUCACGCUUAAGCAUUAUGUCCGAUUUUUUAAAUACGGAAGCUGUAAAGAUAGCUACUACUGCUAAUAUACAUCUGCAAGGUCAUCGAUUCGAGCAACAGAAGUCAAAACAACACGAUAACGUUCGACCGCAAGCUAUUUUAUUACAAACCGAACGACAAAGUGGCAAGAAAAACGAUAAGACUGAUAAGUGUCAUUUUUGCCGCGCUCAGCCAAAUCAUAACUUGUCCGAGUGUAAACAAUUUAAGCGGGCAUUACGUAAGGUGCGGUGGCAGUAUGUUAAACGCAACGGAAUAUGCUUUAAAUGUUUAGAUUCACGCCACGAGAGAGAAACAUGCCCUGCGCCGGUGUGCGAUAAGGACGGCUGCGGCGGGAUGCAUCACAAACUUCUGCACUUCGAUAACAAAAACCGUCAGGAUCAGGAGGCGAGCCCCGAGGUCCCUGAACCCGCGCAGCGAUCAGCUGAUACACCUACGCCGGAAGUAGUGAACUGUGUCACCGCGAGUAGCAACAGAGUUCUACUUAAAACUGUUCCCGUACGUAUUCGUGCAAAAAACGGCAGUGUUAUUGAAAGUAGUGCUAUGCUUGACGAUUGUUCUUCAGUGACGGUAAUAAGUGCUAAAUUAGCACAGCGCGCAGGACUUACCGGGCAUCGCGAAUCUAUGCACGUGUGCGGUCCGUGGAAACAAAGCGGCAUAACAUGUGAUAGUACGGUGGUGAAGUUGGAGCUUUAUGAUAAGGACAAUAAGGUUCAUUCUAUUAGAGCACGCAGUGUUAAUGAGUUAUGUUUACCUGAGCAAGACUUAUCUGUUAUUGAUUGUAGUAAAUAUCAUUAUUUAAAUGCAAUACAGAGCGAACUUAGAAAUGUUGUUACUAAGCCAGAAAUAUUAAUUGGUCAAGAUUAUUACAAUUUAAUUGUACCAUUGAAAAUAUUGUCGGGUAAAUCAUAUGAGCCGUUCGCAACACUUUCUCCUUUAGGGUGGUGUAUUCAUGGUAAAAUUCGUGUGUCGGGGGCGACGCGCGGCGCGAGCGCUAGGCCGGUGCACUCCACGCUGCUGGUGGGCGCGCCGCCGCUGACGGGGCGCGACGCGGGCGAACAGCGCGCACUGCAGGACUUGCAUGAAGAGGUACGUCGCGCGUUCGAGCUAGACUCCGUGGGAGUGGCAGGUAAGCCUCGCCUUAAUAAGGACGACGUUAGGGCCGUUGAACACCUUGAGCGUACCGCUCAACUCAUAAAUGGAAGGUGGCGCGUGGGUUUACCAUGGAAAGAUCCAGACUGCGUGAUGCCUGACACUCUGCCGCAUGCGCUUAAAAGGCUAAAAGGAGUCGAGCGCAAGAUGGCCAGGGACUCUGAAUAUGCGGACAGGUAUGCCGAACGAGUACAACAUUUAUUUACUAAUAACUUUGCCAGGGAACUAAUGGACACUCAGCGCACGCCAAAGACAUUUCAUUUGGCUCACUUUGGCGUGGACAACCCUAAUAAGAAAAAGCUAAGGCUGGUCUUUGACGCAGCAGAUAGUGCGGCGGGUGCGUGUUUAAACGACUAUCUGCUCAAGGGCCCGGAUCUACUGACGUCACUAUGGGGAAUCAUGCUGCGCUUUAGGGAAAAUCGUAUCGCAGUAUCCGGAGACAUAAAAGAUAUGUUUCUACGCAUCCAGAUCCACCCACAAGAUCAAGACGCCCUGAGAUUUCUUUGGCGGGACAACCCUGCGGAACCCGUCAAAACGUACGUAAUGACAUCCCUAAUAUUCGGUGCAAAAUGCUCGCCGUUUCUCGCGCAGUUUAUUAAAAAUAAAAAUGCUCUGCGCCACGAGCACACCGAGCCGGCUGCAGUCGACGCGAUCUGCAACUCUCACUACGCAGACGACUAUAUUCAGAGUUUGCCAGACGAGGAGACAGCAAUUAAAAUGGUAAAUACAAUAUCAAAGAUACACGCGGAAGGUGGGUUCGAGAUUCGCAAUUGGACGAGUAACAGUACAUCCGUGCUCGACAGCGUGCCAAAUGAAACUCUCGGUACCGCUGCUGUAAAGUUUAAAAUGGAUCAGCAGUUCGAGGGCGAGCGGACGCUCGGACUCAUCUGGUUCCCGGCCACGGACGAGUUGGGGUUCGACAUAUCUCUAAAACGUAUUCCUGAGCAGAUUGUUUUAGGCCAUCAAAGGCCUACUAAAAGGAUUAUGUUAAAAGUUGUUAUGUCUAUUUUUGAUGUAUUUGGAUUUUUGGCGCCUUUUACCAUACAGGGUAAAAUCAUGCUCUAGGAUACGUGGCGAUCGGCCACUGGCUGGGAUGAAGAAAUUCCCGAUGAUAUAUAUAGUAAGUGGGUAAAGUGGCUCGAUUUAUUAAAAUUAAUAGGUCGCAUUCGCAUACCGAGAUGGUAUCAAAAGGCAUCCAUAGGUGCGAGCGUGAUGGAGCGAGACUCACCCGCUGCGAACAAUACCAGUGCUACGACGAGCGCUACGCCGGCCGCUACGCCUGCCGCUACGCCGCACUCCGGGCCGGGAUUGACUACGAACGCAAUCGCUGCAAGUAUAAGCAAUAUAAAUAACUAUAAUAACUUACAACUGCAUUUAUUUUCGGAUUCAUCUUCAAAGGCUAUGUGCGCUGUAGCAUAUUGGAGAUGGGAAGAAGAUGGGCAGGUUUAUGUAGCCUUUGUUGCCAGUAAAUGCAAGGUCACACCUGUUAAGCCGCUGACCAUAAACAGAUGUGAACUUCAAGGUGCUUUACUGGCCGCGAGAUUGGCCGACAGUGUGCUGCGCGAACAUAAGGUAACUACAGCGCAACGGCACUUCUGGUGCAACUCGGCGUGUGUUUUGCAUUGGCUCCGGAAUGAUACUCGCAACUACAAUAUAUUCAUUGCAAACCGGUUGGGCGAAAUAGACGAGUUAUCGCGCGUUAGUGAAUGGCGUUUUAUACCUACAAAGUUAAACAUCGCUGAUGUAGCUACAAGAGAGGUUUACGAUGACUCCAUAUUUAAGAACGAGUGGCUUUAUGGUCCGGAGUUUCUUCACGCCGACGAAUCGCAAUGGCCGAGUGAUACAGUAAGCCCUGAAAUAAAUGAACUUACUUUAGAGUAUAUUAAUAUAGUUCAUAAUGUAAGUGAUGACUUACCUGUGCCGGACGCGACACGAUUUUCUUCAUGGCUGCGCUUGCAGAGGGCGACGGCAGCUGUUUUAAAAUUUAUUGAGAGGUGUAAACACCGCUCUGCAGACAUCGACUGCGAGCUGAUGGCGCGGGCUGAGCAGCUGCUGCUGAAAAGAGCGCAGCAAGAGUCAUUCGGUGAAGACAUAGCCGCCAUAAGGAAUGGCAACAUUUUGGACCGCAGCAGUAAACUCCGUCAUUUAUCGCCGUUUUUAGAUGAAAAUGGGCUUCUCCGAUGCAGUGGCCGUAUAGAUGCCGCAACAGAUGUUGCGCUAGAAACAAAGAGGCCUAUUAUACUGGACGGCAAGCAUGCGGUGUCUAGAUUGCUGGUCAGAAGUUAUCACGAGAAGGCUGCCCAUGGAAACCACGAGGGAGUAGUGAAUGACCUGAAACAAAAGUACUGGUUAUUUAAACUACGUCCGACGGUGAAAUCUGUAGUAGCUGGAUGCAUGUUUUGUCGUAUUCAAAAGGCAAAACCUGAAGUACCUAGAAUGGGAAACUUACCGGAGGCACGCCUUGCGCAUCACCAGCGCCCCUUCACGUACUGUGGCCUUGACCUGUUCGGGCCGAUGGAGGUGACAGUCGGGAGACGCCACGAAUUGAGAUACGGCGUACUUUUCACUUGUCUUACGCUGAGGGCGAUACAUCUGGAACUUGUUCAUUCACUUACCUCGGACUCGCUGAUCAUGGCUCUUCGGCGUAUGGCGGCGAGACGUGGCUGGCCUAAGUACCUAUUCUCUGACAAUGGGACAAACUUACGCGGCGCUGACACGGAGUUAAAAAGAUCACUGCAGGAACUGGAUGCAGAGGACCUGAAAAACAAAGGUGUUAAUUGCGGAGUACAGUGGACUUUUAUUCCCCCCGCCAGCCCACACUGGGGUGGGGCGUGGGAACGUCUAAUUAGGAGUGUGAAGACGUCGUUAAAGGUAAUCCUGAAGGAACGCGCCCCUAGAGACGAGGUACUUUCCACAUUGAUGACGGAGGUGGAGAACAUGGUGAAUGGGCGUCCACUAACCCAUGUGUCCGUUGAGCCUGGCAGCGAAGAGACGCUUACUCCUAAUCAUUUUCUGAUUAUGGGACAAACGUCAAACUUACCUGUCGUAGGGAACUUCGAUGACUCCGAUCUCUAUUCUCGAAAGCAGUGGCGUAAGUCUCAGAGGCUCGCCGACAUGUACUGGACACGGUGGGUCAAGGAGAUUUUGCCAGACCUCAUACCGAGAACCAAAUGGACCCAAGAACAAAAGCCACUACAGGUAGGUGAUUUUGUUCUCAUUGUAGAUCCCGCUGCGCAGAGGAACGUGUGGGUGAAAGGCGUUAUCCAGCAAGUCUACCCCGGCCGAGACGGCCGCAUAAGGGUAGUAGAGGUAAAAACUAAGUCUGGAACCUUAAAACGAUCUGCUUCGCGCGUCGCUCGUGUACCAAUAGGCAUUGAGUGCUGAGUCAGCACUCAGGGUGGGGAAAUGUUAGCGACGCUCAUAUUUUGUUAUAUAUAUUUUGCAUUGCUAAAUGUUGUGUGAAUAAAUAAAUAGGUAGAUUAAGAAAUCUAAACUUAAGGGUAGUUUUAACGGUGGCCGCGAGCCGCUAAUCUUGUUUUUUUAUGUGCGCUGUAUGACAGUCAGUCGGUCCAUGCUAUCCGCGCGAGCGCCCGUACGCACAACUGUCAGUUUAAAGUUCUAUUUUUUUGUACGUAUUGUGUGUGUUUCGAAAUAUAAGCUGUUUAAAAGUU